AGAGCUGUUGUGUGGGGAUCUUUCAGUGUUCAUCAGCGGAGUUAGUCACUGAGAGGUAGUUGGAGAGUUUCAGAGGUACAACGUGAAUGAAUGAAGCAAGCUGGACUAGUUACAUAGUGCACUGUGGACAGCAGCUCAGCUAAUGAGCCCCGUCGUUACCGAUCUCAGGAUAACUGCUUUUGACUCCAGUUUGAGUGUCUUUCUUUUCUUUUUUUGGGGGGAGGGGGUUAUCUCUUGAUCAUGUAUUCUUCAUGCAUCUGGAUGUUAUUCCGCCCCGUUUCUUAUCUUUUCCUUGUUAUGGCUGGAAUUGCUGCUUUUAACCUGGAUGUUGAGAAGCCAACAGUUUACAGUGGUCCUGAGGGAAGCUACUUCGGAUACUCCGUGGAUUUCCACAAACCUGUGCCGAACAAAAACACAAUGAGUGUCCUGGUUGGAGCUCCCAAAGCUAAUACCUCUCAGCCUGGGAUAGUUGAAGGAGGAGCCGUUUAUUACUGUCCAUGGCCCUCAACAGACUCAGAUCGGUGCCGGCAGAUACCUUUUGAUAUGACCAAUAACAGAAUGGUCCGGCUCAAUGGCAGCAGGAUACCCAUUGAAUUCAAAUCCAAUCAGUGGUUUGGAGCUACAGUCCGAACUCAUAAAGGAAAAGUAGUGGCAUGUGCUCCACUGUAUCACUGGAGGACUCUUAAACAAGACAGUGAGAAGGACCCAGUGGGGACCUGUUACGUCGCAGUCCAGAACUUCAGUGCCUAUGCUGAGUAUUCACCAUGUCGCUCCAAUAACCCAGACCCCGAAGGACAAGGAUUUUGCCAGGCUGGUUUCAGUGUAGAUUUCACGAAGGAGGGAAACCUUGUGGUGGGAGGACCUGGGAGUUUCUAUUGGCAAGGACAGGUAAUCACGACCAGUGUGGCUGAGAUCAUCAAUGGGUUUUCGUUCAAAGAAAUCCUGAGAAAAGUCAAAGGGGAAAAACAAACCGGAGCAGCCCCAGACAGCUAUGAUGACAACUACCUUGGAUACUCGGUUGCCGUGGGGGAAUUUACAGGAGAUUCCGAGCAAGAACUCAUUGCUGGAGUUCCAAGAGGAGCACACAACUUUGGAUAUGUAGCAGUCAUAAAUUCUUCAGAUUUGACCUUCAUCCAGAAUUUCACUGGUGAACAGAUGGCAUCAUACUUUGGCUACACACUGGCUGUGUCAGAUCUGAAUGGUGAUGGUUUGGAUGACAUAUUAGUAGGUGCUCCGCUCUACAUGGAUCGUGAAUUUGAGAGCAAACCCAAAGAAGUGGGACGAGUCUACAUCUAUCUGCAGGAAGAUGCCUUAUUUUUUAAGGAUGCCAUUAUACUAUCAGGGACUGAAGUAUUUGGCCGAUUUGGCAGCUCCAUUGCCUCUCUCGGGGAUGUAAACCUGGAUGGAUAUCAUGAUAUUGCAGUUGGGGCUCCAUUUGCAGGUGAGGAUCGCAGAGGCAGAGUUUUUAUCUACAACGGACAGAAGGAUGGAUUGAAACUGCCUCCUUCACAGGUUCUGAAAGGAGCCUGGGCCUCUCAGUCUAUACCAGCAGGAUUCGGUUUUACUCUGAGGGGAGACUCAGACGUGGACCAGAAUGAAUAUCCAGAUUUGAUUGUCGGUGCUUUUGGGGCAGGAAAAGCUGUUGUUUACAGAGCUCGUCCUGUAGUGACAGUGGAUGCUCAGCUCCUGCUGAACCCCAUGAUUCUAAACCCAGAGACUAAAACUUGCCAGCUGCCAAACUCUGAGACCUCUGUGACUUGCUUGACUGUAAGAGUUUGUGCAACAGUAUCAGGCCUCGGCAUACCAGAUACAGUAGCUUUACAUGCUGAGCUGCAUCUGGAUCGGCUGAAGCAGAAAGGAGCAAUAAAAAGGGUCCUUUUCCUUGAGAAUGCCCAACAUCAGCACACCUUCCAGCUGCUGAUUGAGAAGAGGAAGCAUCAGGGAUGCCAGAACUUUCUUGUGUACCUAAAAGAUGAAACAGAGUUUCGGGAUAAGCUGACUCCUAUCAGCAUUGGGUUGAAUUACAGUCUGGACGAAUCCAAUCCUCCUGGGGGUUUGACUCUGAAACCAAUAUUGAAUUAUUAUGGAAAGCCAUUUAUUCACGAGCAGGUCUACAUUCUGGUGGACUGCGGAGAAGACAAUAUGUGUAUCCCAGAUCUGAAGCUUUCAGCCAGGAUGGACAGAGAACAGUUAAUCAUCGGGGAGGAGAACCCACUGAUGCUGACUAUAAAUGCACAGAACCAAGGGGAAGGAGCCUACGAGUCAGAGCUCCAUGUGCUCAUCCCCCAAGAAGCAGAUUACAUCGGGGUCGAGCGCAAGAAUGAGGCUUUACAGCGACUGAACUGCGAGUACAGGAUGGAGAAUAUAACCAGAAUGGUGGUUUGUGAUCUAGGAAACCCCAUGGUAGCUGGAACGCAACUCUCUGUAGGUCUGCGCUUUGCUGUCCAACGCCUGGAAGAGGCAGGUUCUGACAUUAAGUUUGACCUUCAGAUCAAAAGCUCUAACAAGGACAAUCCAAGGAGUAAUCCAAUAAGUCUGCAAAUCAACAUCACUGCACUGGCCCGUGUUGAAAUACGAGGAGUGUCCCAUCCUGCCCAGAUAUUUCUGCCCAUCCACCAAUGGGAACCUAAGGAAAGGCCAGAGAAGGAGCAGGACAUUGGACCAUCUGUUCAGCACAUUUAUGAGUUGCACAACAAAGGACCCAGUGCUAUCAGCAACACCUUCCUGGAGGUGGGCUGGCCCAGUCACUUUAGAGAUGAAUACCUUCUGUACGUCUUGGAGAUUCAGACAGAUGGACUCAUAAACUGCAGGACAAAUACUACUAUAAAUCAGCUGAAUCUGGAGACUUCUGCUCUUCCAGACACCCCUGAACUACUGGGCUUUCUGCGGAACUCUACCGCUGUGCAUUCUGUCAGGAAGCGGGAAGUCCCAGUGCCUCUGAGGCAAUACAAUGCAAAGACCUUGAACUGCAGCACCAUCAGUUGUUUAAGGAUAGUGUGUCACGUUGUACGACUGGAUAAAGGGCAGAGCGCUGUGGUUACAGUGAAAUCCCGACUCUGGGCACACACUUUCUUACAGAGAAAGAAUGAUCCGUAUGCCCUGCACUCAACUGUAUCUUUCAAAGUGAUGGACAUGCCUUAUCGAAUCAAACCGGAAAAGCUUCCACAUGCAUCCUUAGCAAUAAAAUCCUUGGUGUUAUGGGCCACCCCUGACGUGUCAUUUGCAAUCCCCUUGUGGGUUAUUAUAUUGGCCAUACUGCUUGGGUUGCUGGUUCUGGCUAUUUUGACUUUAGUCAUGUGGAAGUGUGGGUUCUUUGACCGAGCACGCCCUCCAAAAGAUGACAUUUCAGACCAGGAGCAGCUGACAUCACAGAAAUCCACAGAUGAGUGAUAAGAAGGCUGACAGUGAGAGAGGUAGAGGAAGAGAGAGGUGGCCUUUCAGAUCAUUUGGACGACCAAGAAAACUAGCUGGUUCAAAACUUACUUUUGUAAUGAAGAACUGAAUUCUACAAACAAGCUGCCUUAAUAUGCUAAGUGCCACGAGACCUGAAACUGUGCAACCUGUUUUUAAACCACACACACACCAAGUGAAACAGCCCAGCGAGGGCCCAUCAGCACCUUUCUGAUCUCUUAUCUACACUUGGAAUAUGUUAUUGUAAAGAUUCAUUGAACUGAAUAUGCCUUGGCGGUGUGAUAGUAUAUGUGGAUGGCGGAAUGGUAAGUCCUUGUACACUUCCAAACUGUUGGCAUAAUAAUUAAUGAUGUUGAUGUUUGAUUUUUUUUUAUUAAUAUCAUGCUACAUGGAACAAUGCUGUGGCUUCUCCCUGAAACAAAGUGUUUCGAGACUUCUCUUCACGUGUCAGGGAGACAGACGAUUUCAUUAGGUGCUGUAAUCAUACAGCUGCUGUGCAAGAAGAGGACCCAAUAGAAAUGUCAAACCCAACAAGAAGAUGCAAAUAGAAGACAAGAAGACACUGCCCUACAGAAACUACCACUAUAUUUCUUUUGAACUUUAGUGAAAAGGCUUGCAGACUUUUUCUUUUUUUCUGCCAUAUGGUUUAUUCAGCAGUUGUUUAAGCCUGUCAAUUGUUAGGGUUAGAAACGCAGCUACAUGGAAUCAUUAUGAAGCCCACUCCCACAGAAUAGCUUGUCUCGUGAUCGUGUCGUGCUGGGUAGAGUUGAAUCAUUCGUUGUUAUAUAGGACAGGAGCAAAAUGGAAAGCAUAGACCUUUGUACAGUGUAAAAUAUGAAUCUAUCGUGAUGAACUUGAAAAUGCAGUGUGCUUUGUCAAAUAACUGUAACAGUUGCUGCACCAACAACUGUCAGUCAUAUUGGGGUAAAGAAGGGGAGGGAUUUGUGCUGAAGUAACUCCACUGCAAGGGUACAGUACACCCAGCAAUAUGGUUUUAUGUUCAUGUGAUUGUGAGAUUCAUUAGAAAGGUCUGUUACUGUGCCAGGACAGGUAGCAUGUGCCAUGGUACAUUUAAAUUCCAACUUGUUUCAUUGCCAGGAUGCCUUCUAAUGGCCACUAAAUGGCAUGCUGUCCAGCACAAUCAACAUCCGUAUUGCAGCUUAUUUGAGAAGUGAUGGUAUCAACACUAAAAACUGUGUAACGUUACCUUGAGAAAUUAUCAAAUGAAGUUGACAUGAUGCUUCCUGACCAAACUAAACGAUUGCUAAAGUUUUACAGAAUAUUUACAGCAGCAUGCAUGGCUCACAAGAUUGUCCAUGAAAACAUUGCUUCUAUGAAGAAGUGGACAAAUCCGUGUAUAUGUGCAAUAAUUUAUAUAUUUAAGUUCCUGAAGCAUGUUUACACUGGUAAUAAUUUGUUAUUUGAACUUUUCAGGAUUUGUGUAUAUAGUGUUUAGUAAGUAAAUUAAUCUGUGAGGCUCUGAACAUAUGUUAUCCUUAUUUAGCAGUAAAAGUAUAUGUAUGGGGAGGGGGUAACAGUAUUUUAUUGUAUUAACAGAUUACAUCAUGAAUACUUAAUUCUCUUUUUCGUUUCUUUUUUUAACCAAAUUGGGCAAGCCUGUAAAAACAUAAAUGGAAGCAGGAGAAAAGUGUCACAGAAUUAAGAAUUGAUGAUCAAGCUGUGAAAGCUUUUCUUAGCAAAGAUUACAGUACAUCAUUCACUUUUGAAAUACCAUCCUGAAAUAUACUCAUGUUCAAACCAGAAGACACAGUAAUAGCCAUCCAAAGAAAGACAGCUGUGCUGUUUGUUACAAUAUGGAGACGAAUAGCAGCAAUGAGUAUAGCAUGUAACCCGUGAUUGAGUUUUGUUUUAAUGUUUAACCCAAAUGAACUACCCAAAUCUUGAUACAUCACUUUCAUAGCUUACUGCCUGCCAGGCUCAUAAUGAAUUGACAUGGGCAGGUAGUAUUCGUGAGAAUAUGUGAGCAAUGUAUUAGCACAUGAAACUGAACUUUGUCUAGAGUACUGUGUGUGUGCCUGUGGCUUGUAUGAAGAACACUUUCCUUACUAGCAUGUCUGAGAUUGUAAGAGAGCACAGUGAGUUUUCUUUUGACCUGUUUAAAGCAUUUAUGUAUAUACAUGACUGUUACACAUUUUCUUUUAUUAUGAUUGUAAUGAUAAAUAAAUACUGUAGUAAGCCAAA